AUGCUCUGUGUUAUCUACAACACUAUGCAGUUUUUCUUCUCCCUACAAAGUAAUGAUGGGCCAGUUUUUACUAUGAGAGUCGUAUUUCCUCUCGUUAGUUGUAUUCUAUCAUAUAUCAAUGUUUAUAUGAUAAUUAUUCUCAAUAAGGACAUGCGAAAAAAGGUUCUCCAAUUAUUCCACGGCAGACAUGACGGCAGUCAUUCACAGACCGCUUUAAUUUCAAUCGGAAACAGAUCCAGAUCCAGCGUUUUUUGA